AUCCUCUCCCUGCAGAAUGGAGAACCAAACGAUCGAUAUGGACGUUCUACAGCUGGAGGGAUUAAAGCUUGGCCCAAGGUUCACCAUUCCAGCAUUUUUCCUCCUUUUCAUCAUCUACAUCUUCAUUUUGGUGUCCAACAUUGGCCUGGUGGUUUUGAUUUUCACAAAGAGGAGCCUCCAUGAGCCCAUGUAUCUGCUCUUAUGCAACAUGAGUAUUAAUGAUGUUUUCGGGUCUACGUCCAUUAUUCCUCGCAUGCUGGGUGACAUUUUAAUUCCAAGCAAUGACCGGUACAUUCAUUACAAUGACUGUGUAGUUCAGGCCUUCUGUGCUCACGCUCACGGAGGCACUUCACACACUGUACUCGUAGUCAUGGCCUUUGAUCGAUACGUGGCCAUCUGCAACCCUCUCCGAUACACCACCAUCAUGACCAACAGGAUGGUGGUGAAGCUCUCAGUGGGCGCCUGGGGGGUAGCUUUCCUUAUGGUUGGUAUCCUUUUGAGACUCAGCACCCGCCUGUCGCGCUGCAGAAGGGUUGUACUCAACCCGUACUGUGACAAUCCCUCCUUGUUCAAGCUAUCUUGUGAAAAUGUUGUUAUCAACCACAUUUACGGCCUCAUCAUCGCCAUGGGCACAAUGGCCGUGUCCCUGUGCAGCGUGAUUCUCACCUACAUGAGGAUCGCCAUGGUGUGUCUGACAACAAGAGCUAUGAGUAACAAAGCUUUUCAGACCUGUGCCACACACCUGGCUGUGUACAUCAUCCUGCUCUUGUCAGGUGGCAUCAUCAUCCUCCUCCAUCGUUUCCCUGGCUUAUCAGAUCACAGGAAGAUUGGAUCCAUCUUGUUCCAUAUUGUUCCUCCUUCCAUGAACGCUGUUAUCUACGGACUGCAAAUCAAAGCAGUCAGAGAAAAAAUUUUGAAUGUAUUCAGCAAAAAAAAAUAACAUGUCACAAGUGAAAUGAUGGCAUUAAAUCGAAUGUAAAGUCAUGUUAAAACUUGGCAAACCUAAAGUGAAGAAUUUAAUGUCCUUAUUGUGAUAGUGAGUAGCACAUACCCAACUGCCUUGGUCUUAUAUCUUAUAAAAUCUGAUACUUAAAGAAAGCUCACACAAAACAGCAUGUAGGUGGGGUUCAUAGAAUUUGCUUGUAGGUCAAUAAGCAAAGAGAUUUGCAAGCAUCGUGGUGGCCUCUGCACAAAGAAGUGCUUGAUGGGCUCAGCUCAUUCUUCCAGUUAUGUGAGACUGAUGGCUAUGCCAAUAUGUUGUCUGUGUUCAAGUUUGACAAACUAGGUGAUCUGUAUCCCUUAAUGUUUUGCUGUUAACUGCUAAUAGGUCAUAGUUGUCUCAAGUAUAAUUACACGACACCAUGCCAUAAGUAUUACAUAUUGUAUGGAUGUGUUUUCAUUUUGAUGCAUUUUCCUUUGCACAUUAUCCAAAGAGUAUGUUUAACUGUUUUUGUCCUUAAUGCUCCAAGCUUGCUGUAAAAGAAUAUUUCUUAGUGAAUUAAACCUCAUGUCUAAAAUUAGGAUGUGACACAGUACACAAUAAGAAAAUAAUAAGAAUCAUUAAAUUGCAGAAACAUUUCAAUGGGACGCUUACAGCAAAGAAGUUUUUCCAGUGUCUUCUGAGAUCAGAGGCACUGAGCAUGAAAAGCAAACAUAUCGUACCAAUGUCUGGAAGCAAGGGAAAUAAUACACACUAAAUGUGCCUGGUAUAUGUGAAACACUAAUGAAUGUAUUUUUCAUAUCGCCAGCAGGAAGAAAAUGUAAGGUGAAUAGUACUGGUCAGAGCACAGAACCUUGGGGAACUCUGUGACAAAUCUUUGCGUACAAGGAUGAUUCAUCAUUAACAUGAACGAACUGAGUUCAAUCUGAUAAAUAUGAAUGAGACCAGCUUAAUGCAGCUCCUUUAAUGCCAAUUGAGUGUUCACGUCUGUGGAAUGAAAUGUGGUGGUUAAUGGUGUCAAAUGGAGCACUGAGGUCUAACAAUACGAGUACAGAGACAAGAUCCUCUUCUGAUGCAAGCACAAGAUUAUUUGUGACUUUGACCAGCGUCAUCUCUGUGCUGUGAUGAGCUCUAAAACCAGACUGGGAAUCCUUAAGUAGACUUUUACUAUGUAGAAAGUCUCAUAGCUGAUUGGCCACUGCUUUCAUGAGGAUCUUAGAGAGAAAGGAAAGGUUAGAUAUCGGUAUAUAGUUGCCCAAAACCUCUGGAUCAAGAGUAGGUUUUUUAAGGAGAGUUUUGAUUCCAGCUACUUUAGAGGACUGUGAUACAUAGCCUGUUAUUAGAGACGGACUGAUCGUAUCUAGAAGGGAAGUGUUAAGUGGGGGUACAACUUCUUUGAGCAGCUUAGUUGGCAUGGGGUCUAACAGGCAUAUUGUUGGUUUGAAGAGAUCAAUUAGUUUAGUUUAUUUUUAAUAGUAACUGUUUUCAUUGUUAAUAUCUCUUCUAAACGAUUCAAGAAUCAGUUGACAUGAAAUACGUGCAUGCACUAGUUUUUAUCCUCCACAUCACAGCCAGAUGGUGCUGCAUUGUGUCUUGUGAAUCCCUUAUGACUUUCUUAAAUUU